AUGAAGGACCUUGGUCCUCUCCAUUUCUUCCUUGGCAUCCGCGUCACGCGCACGCCGGCGGGCUUCUUCCUCUGCCAGGAGCAGUACGCCGCUGAUAUUCUGGAUUGCGCCGGCAUGGACUCCUGUCGCCCGUCUCCCACUCCAAUCGACACCAAGGGCAAGCUGCCGACCGCGGACGGGCCUCGUGUCGAUGAUCCAUCCACCUACCGCAGCAUCGCCGGUGCUCUUCAGUACCUGACGAUCACGUGCCCGGAGAUCGCGUACGCUGUACAGCAGAUCUGCCUUCACAUGCACGAUCCCCGUGAGUGCCAUCUCGGGUUGAUCAAGCGUGUGCUUCGGUACGUCCGCGGCACGCCUGCGCUCGGUCUUCAUCUCCGCGCCUCGCGUGUGCUCGAUCUGCGGGCGUUCACGGACGCCGAUUGGGCGGGCUGCCCUGACACCCGGCGCUCCACCUCCGCCUUUUGCAUCUACCUCGGCGAUGCCCUCGUCUCUUGGUCAUCAAAACGGCAAGCCACCGUCUCCCGGUCCAGCGCCGAGGCGCAGUACCGCGGCGUCGCAAACGUCGUCGCUGAGUGCAUCUGGCUUCGGCAACUCCUUGGCGAGCUGUUUGCCCCCAUCGACAAGGCCACCAUGGUGUACUGCGACAACGUCUCCGUCGUCUACCUGUCGGCCAACCCAGUCCAUCAUCGCCGGACGAAGCACGUGGAGCUGGAUAUCCUCUUCGUUUGCGAGCUGGUGGCGCUUGGCGAGUUCCGCGUCCUUCACAUCCCCACGCGCCAGCAACUUGCGGAUAUCAUGACGAAGGGACUGCCGUCAGAGGUCUUCUGUGACUUCCGGUCCAGUCUUUGCGUCGCUGCCGCCGACGUCACGACUGCGGGGGGUGUUAGACUAAGUAGUCAUACCGUAUGUGCUCCUGUAUAG